UUUUCAGCGUCCAUGGUAACAGACGACACGCAACUGGUGAUCGUAGACGAUUGGUCUCCAAACACAAUGCAGUCCGACCUUGCAAAAACCAUACUCCAAGGUGGUUGGAUGGUUACGGCUGUUAAACACGGUGAACCGAGACGAGUUAUGAACAACAGUCCCUAUUAUAUAACGACCAACAACGUUCCUGACUUUCGUGAUGAGAACGAGAACGUUGAAAGGAGAAUCCAGGUGUUCAACACAACAUCUUUACCCUCGACGACACCUGGUAUAGAUCGGUGGAUCUACGAUAACGCCAUGGAUUGCAUCGUGUGGAUUGCUGAACAACUAGAAGCACACUAUCAACACAUCGCUAAGGAUGAAUUGUGGUACGAGCCAACCGUCACGAGAAACCUCACCAUACCGAACAACGAAGGCCCCUCCCUUUUCCAACUCCAUCAUGUUCGUGAUAUCUGCCCUGCCGACUUCGAAGACGCAAAUACAUCCACGCUAGAAACCACGCCCACCAUCCAUGAAAGGUUCGUUCAGGAAUAUCGCACCCAACACUGA